AUGACGAAGGGACAGGGCAAAUUCCACGGUCGCACCGUCGUGAUCAGCGGCGCUUCGCGAGGUAUCGGCAAGGCGAUUGCGCUCCGGUUGGCCAAGGAUGGCGCCAAUAUUGUUGUCGCCGCCAAGACAGCCGAGCCACACCCUAAACUGAAGGGCACGAUUUAUACAGCCGCCAAGGAGAUUGAGGAGGCCGGUGGUCACGCACUCGCUUGCAUUGUCGAUGUCAGAAGCGAAGAGUCGGUCAGGGAAUGCGUUAGAAAAACCGUCGAACGUUUCGGCGGUAUCGAUAUUCUGAUCAACAACGCAUCUGCCAUCUCCCCAACAGCCACUGCCGAUACGGAUAUGAAGCGUUAUGACCUCAUGCACAAUAUCAACACCAGGGGAACAUUUUUGAUGACCAAGGAAUGCCUACCUUACCUGAAGAAGGGCAAAAACCCGCACGUCCUCAACAUCUCGCCGCCAUUGGAAAUGAAGGCCAAGUGGUUCCAGGCCCACGUUGGCUACACGAUGGCCAAAUACGGGAUGUCAAUGUGCGUACUCGGGCACGCUGAAGAAUUCCGCCCCGAUGGCAUUGCUGUCAAUGCACUGUGGCCAUUGACUGGAAUUUACACGGCGGCAAUGGAGAUGUUGGCGGGUGGCGAAGAUGCGAAGGCCGGGUGCAGGGAUCCGGCUAUUAUGGCUGACGCAGCCUACAAGAUUCUCUCCAAGGGCCCGGGCUUCACCGGCAAUUUCCUGGUAGAUGAAGAUUUCCUGAGGGCCGAAGGCGAGACCGAUUUCGAGCAGUAUGCGUGUGUGCCUGGAACCCAAUUGAUCACCGACUUCUUUCUCCCCGAGGAUUCUCUUCAACGACUCAAUCAAUAUAAUGAGGGAAUUGCUGCACGCAGUAAACUA